UAGCAUAUCGCUCUCGAAUUUUUCGUAGUGCAUAUUUAAAUUGGAAAACAGUACAGACAUGGUAAAAAGAUAGGAGAAACAAAGAUAAAGAUAAACCAAUAACCCAGCACCACUUUCGCCCACGAAACACCCUCGUUCGUCCCGGUGCUUCAUCCUAAGAAACCUGCCGUGCGGUUUGCUCUUCUUCGUCAUUUUUAUCAGAAAUGGAGGUUGUGGCAGCGAACGCCUUAAAAUCGAGUUUGCACAGAGAAUUGUCGUGUCUGAAGUCGAGCCAGCAACCCUUCGGCGAGGAAAUUUGGUGUUUGAAUUCGAAUAACGGCGUUGCCGGUGAGGAUUUCUGGGUGGAUGACUUAUUCGAUUUCUCUCAGAGUGAAUUUCAACCUGAAUAUGAAGAAGACGACGAGGAAAAAGACAGUCUCUCCGCUUCCUCCUCACAUGACCGGAGCGAAGAAGACGCCAACUCCAACUCCUCUUCCGGUCCCGGCGAUUCUGACCUCAUUUUCCCUAACGAACUCGCCGUUCCGGACGAUGAUUUGGCUGACUUAGAAUGGGUUUCUCAUUUCGUUGACGAUUCUGUACCGGCGUUCCCUCUUCUGUACCCCGUCCGUUCCGAGGAAAUGAAGACCCGGUCUGAACAGGAACCUAGCCCGGGCUUUGCGAAAACCCCUUGUUUUCCCUUUGAAUUUCCCGUCAAGGCGAGAAGCACCAGGUGUAGAAGAGCCAGGAUGUUUAGCCCCUUGCUUUCCCGGCCAUCUUCGCCACCGUCUUCAUGUUCGUCGGUCCUUUCCUCGUCGUUGACUCUUAUCACCGUUGGCGCGGCUCCGAAGACAGCCUUGGUACAUGGCGUUACGGAAACGCCCUUGAAAAAGCAGAAGAAAAGGGCGGAGACUCAAGCCGGUGUUAGUGGUGGGUCCCAAAUUCAGCGUCGGUGCACCCAUUGUCAAGUGCAGAAGACUCCGCAAUGGAGGACAGGUCCGCUUGGCCCCAAACACUUUGUAACGCUUGUGGGGUCCGGUACAAGUCGGGUCGGCUUUUCCCGGAGUAUAGACCGGCCUGUAGCCCGACUUUCUCUAUCGAUGUUCACUCGAACAGCCAUCGUAAAGUGUUAGAGAUGAGGAAGAGGAAGGAGAUGAGCGAACCGGAAUGUGAGUUGACUCAAAACUCAGACAGUUCCGAGUUGCUGAGCUUCUAGAUUCGAAAUCAUCAUCCGGUCUAACCGGGUUCGGUUUUGUAAAAUAGAUAGUGGUUUUCGAAUUAGGCUUGUGGUGCUAGUCAUUGGUCCGCUAGGGAGGUAACAGAAAUUAGGAAUGAAUUGAUUGUUUGUAUUCUUAUUUCUUAGGAGUAGUUGAGGGCACCGAAAUUUCUUUACGAGUACAUUUUGGCCAUACACUUUUAGGUUUUGUUGAUAUUUAUAAUAGCUUGAUUUCUUUCUC